AUGAAGACCAAGAGCCGGCCUCCCCGGCGCCGGGUGCCCCCGCAAGACCCAGAAGCCACCCCAGGGGAGCGGACGUCCGACAGGCCACCGCCGGGCUCGGGGCCAGACGCAGCCAAGGCUCUGCGGAGCCGGAGGGCGCGCGCGCAGGGGGCGCGGGCAGAGGGCGGGCGCCGGCGGCCGGGGCCAGGGAGCCGGCGGGAGAGCAGCGUCCAGCGGCGGCUGGAGAGCAACGAGCGCGAGCGGCAGCGCAUGCACAAGCUCAACAACGCCUUCCAGGCGCUGCGCGAGGUCAUCCCGCACGUGCGCGCCGACAAGAAGCUCUCCAAGAUCGAGACGCUCACGCUGGCCAAGAACUACAUCAAGUCGCUGACCGCCACCAUCCUGACGAUGUCCAGCGGCCGCCUCCCGGGCCUGGACGGGCCAGUCCCCAAGCUCUACCAGCACUACCAGCAGCCGCAGCAGGCGGCCCGGGGCGCGCUCGGGGCCUCCGAGGCCCCGCCCGAGGGCCACCUGCAGAAGUUCUCCACGCAGAUCCACAGCUUCCGCGAGGGCUCCUAGCGCGCCGCCCCGCCCGGGUCAGCGGCCCGGCCCGCUCCUCCCAGCCCUGGGCCCUCCGCGCCCCACGGCUCCGUUUCCCUGCACUCUUGGCGCAGCCCUGGGCACGUCCCAGGGCCCAGGGACAAGACCGGUGAGUGGCCUGGUGGAGGCCACGGCUCUGGGCAGCAUGAGGCCCAUACCUCCACAAGGUCCCAGGGCUGCCUCGUCAUCGUCUAGGCAGGAGCUGGCCGGCCCUUGUCACUAACUCCUCUUCACUCCCACUCCCUCCCGAGGUGAGGGGAGAUUCCACGCAAAGGUUUGCUUAGGUAAGUUCCCCAGUUACUGCUCGGGCCCAGGCCCAGGCCCAGGGCGGAGCCUCCCCCAACCUGCACCAUAGCCUCCUCGUUCGGGGUAAAC